UUCAUUGUGAUUUUCAGGAUUGGAAAGUGAUUGAUGAUAGUGUAAAUGGAACAAGUAUCUUGAACUACUGUUCAAGAAUUACUUUUAAUUUGGGGUAUGUAUAGUCUCAGUCUUAAAAUAAUCUAUAUCAAUAGGAUCUUUCAGCCCUGACUUCAAACUUGUAGCUGCUACAAUAACAUAAGGCUGACAUUUAUUUUGUUUACAGUAUGAUGUAUUGAUACUGUACUUAGUUCGUUGGUAGAACCAUGUGUAGAACUGAACAUAUUUGCUUCCUAAAGUGGUAGCAGUGAACAUGAGAAUGAGGCCGGCUUUAAGCAAUUGUCAACCUUAGCAGCAGAAUUAAACCAAAUAUGUAAAAUAAACAAUCCAGAAUCUUUGUGUUGGAUUUUAAAGUUAGGCUACUUGUUUUACCUGCAGAUGUCACUGUGUUUAAUAGCAAUUAAUUAUGGAAAGGGUUUUGAAGGAUGUGAGGUGAUUUUAAAAAAAUAUGAAAAAAGAAGAAUUAAAUCAUUAUUCUCAGUCUUUGGCCUCUGAAGCAAAGCAUCGGACUUUAUAUGGUUAUUGUGAUGUGAUGGUUUAAUUAGUCACGGCUAUUGGCAUAAACAGCUUACAUAAGAAUAUCCACUUUCAAACUUCCUUCAUUUUUGCUUUGAAUUAGUUAAUGUGGUAGAGUGAAAAGCCUGAAAACAUGAAUCAAAAAGCACUUGGAAGACUAAAAAAAGGAGAUGAAGAUGGAUAUAACCAAGGUCUGCUUUCUGAAAGAUUCCAGAUGAUAAAAUGAUCUCAUGAAUUUGACUAACUCAAUGAUUUGUGAGCACUUGGGAUUUACAGACUGAACAUGCUGAUGUAGAGGAAUGUGGCUUUUUCAUUAGAUGUGUACUUUGUCUGCUCAAAUAAUUUAAGAAUGUUAAUACUUUUGCUAUCAAUAGCUUCUGCACAUUUGCAUGUAGAAAGUGCUAAAGUAUUUUGUUUAAAUACAAUACUCUGUAUAUGCUAUGGCAAAAAAAAGUUUAAGUAAUUUUGCUUACUGCUAGUAGAUGAGUUUUAAAUAAUUCCACUUUGAAAAGUUGCAAGUUGCUGUGGAAUUAAAUGGCUAAAAAGCUAUGAAAGAUUAUGGACAGUUACAAGCUGCAGGAGGUAUUUCUUAUGCCUGAAAGUGGGCAUUUUGAAUAGUUACAGUAAAUGUAUUCCAUUUCAGAGCAGCCUAAUUUAUGAAAGCUCUGCCUCCCAUUUGUACAAGAUUACAAACAUGACAAAUUACUAAGUGACCAGCCAAUGCAGCUGUUAGUGAAAGCCUAGAGAGGAUAGGCCUGAUUAGUUAAACAAGCUGGAUUGUUGCCAUUUCAAAGGAUUCCAAAUGAAAAACAACAACAUUGUGAAAAUAAAUUAUAUGCUUUAAAAGAAUGCAGGCAAAGAGAUUUAAAUGGAAGUAAAAGAUUAAGAAUGCUUUAAAGAAGCAAUGGACUGCAUUGUAGAAAUAAUGCGAUAAUUCGAUAGGUGACAAUAAUAUGAUAGAGAGGUAUGCUAAUCCGUUUUAGGAAACACAAAGGCAGAUUUACAAGCAAUAAGAAGUAUCUCUUGGCUCGCUAUGAACCUGUUCCUACACUUUGUAAGUAAUGGAUAUUUCUGACUUAUUUUGAAUAUUGCAUGUGUCAGUUUAUCUUUCUCUGUCAUAGCUCCGUUUGAGCAUGCAGUUCUGUAGCUUUACUCAACGUUUCACACCAGUCCUGCAAUUUCUCAGUGUUCCUUUGAAGCGAGGCUGUAUCUUUCAGCACGUCAGCUACUCCUCUGAUUUAGUGUGAUACAUUCUGUCUCUUCAUCCAAGUUAGUGAUAAAGUUACUGAGCAGUAUUGGCCCCAAUAUCAACCCCAGGGUACUCUUGCUGUUACUAGCCAGCAACUGAAGCAACUUGAAGCCAUCAAAGCCUUCAAGUCUGCCUGCCCAGCCAGUUUUCAACCGCUCCAACAGUCCAUCUGACCUCAGCUUCCCAACAUGUGUGCUGUGGGAGAUGGUGUCAAAAGCCACAGGAGAGUCAAGGAGCUGGUGAUUCUGAAGACGGCCCAGUCAUCAUGGCUCAUGCUACUAUUUAUGUGGGUUUUACUGUUCCUCAAUUACUGAGAAGUGCUAGCAGAAUUUUUCCUGCUCAUUCUGCAUCGGUGGUGUUGAGACGCUCUGCUUUUUGUUACUGCACAGUGAAUGGCACAAUAAAAUCAAAAAGGAAAAUGGAUCAUCUAGAGAGGACAGCAAAUAAUUUUCGCCAGGAGGUAAUUUCACAAGCAAAAGUGUGUGGAAUCACCAAUGAAUCAGAGACAGUCAAAAGACUUCGUUUGUCUAUCGCAAAUAAGGAUUUUACUUUUAAAGCGGGACAGUGGGUUGAUUUCUUUAUUCCUGGAGUAUCUGUAGUUGGGGGAUUCUCAAUAUGUUCAAGCCCUGGCCUGUUGAAACGAGAAAGAAUAUUAGAGCUGGCAGUAAAGUACGCUGUUCAUCCUCCUGCUCACUGGAUUCACACCAAGUGUACUCUUGACUCAGAAGUGGCUCUGCGAGUGGGAGGUGAUUUCUUCUUUGAUCCUCAGCCUGGUGACUCCCCUGUAAAACUAGUGCUGAUAGCAGGGGGUGUUGGAAUUAACCCAUUGUUUUCUAUACUGCUGCAUAUAGCAGAUCUUCAUGGAUACCAAGAGGGUAAAGGAAAUGGAUACAAAAUGGGAACAGUGAAGCUGUACUACAGUGCAAAAAAUACAAGUGAACUCUUAUUUAAGAAAAAUAUUCUUGGUUUGAUGAAUGCAUUUCCUGGCAAGAUCGCAUGUCGUUUCCACGUUACCCAACAGAGUUCACAGAUCUGUAAAGAACUGCAGCCACACAUUACAGAGGGAAGAAUAUCUGAAAAGGAUCUAGAAAAACACGCAUCUAAGGAUACUUUAUGGUACAUCUGCGGUCCACCUCCAAUGAUAGAAUCUAUAUCCAAACUACUGUCUAACAUUGGUGUUCCUAGAAACUGUGUUUUCUUUGAGAAAUGGUGGUAGGGACACCUGCUGAACAGCAAAUACAUUAUUUGUUUCCAGUGUAUUUUGAUAAGCUGAAAUGUACAGAAAAUGGACUAUGAAUUAUUUGGAAGAUUUUACUUCAUACAUGAAGACAUCCUCAGUCAUGAUGGUGAUCCUUUAAUUUAACUAUAAUACACUUGUAAUAGUGUGCUCCUUUUGGGGGAAAAAAUGAUUUUUUAUUAAAGACAUUAACU